UCAAAGAUGUCCAGCCUGUACAAAACUAGACACUGAUCAGGCAGCAUUAGAUAAAAAUUUUCGGCAAACCGAGGCUGUUAAAGCGUAGAGAACAAAAAUUUCGAAAUCAGUCGGGCCUUACAUACCAUACCACCUUUUUAUUCCGCCCACAAUGGCUCCAACGCCUACAUAUCCCGAUCUGGGUAAGCUGGCCCGCGAUCUUUUCAAGCGCGGCUACCAUCCGGGAAUCUGGCAGAUCGACUGCAAGACUCUGACCAAUUCGGGGAUCGAGUUCUUCACCACGGGCUUCGCCAGCCAGGACAACAGCAAGGUGUCCGGCUCUCUGCAGAGCAAGUACAAAAUCGAAGACCAGGGUCUGACCCUCACGGAGCGAUGGAACACGGAGAACUGGCUCUUUGGCGAGAUAAUGCAGCGAGACAAGUUGGCUCAGGGUCUGAUGCUGGCCCUCGAAGCCAAGUUUCAACCAGGAUCAAACGAGGCGGAUGGAAAGUUCAAGAUGGGCUAUGCCCAGGAGAAUUUCAACUUCCUGGCCGACAUUGGGCUAAACUCGGAGCCGAUAUUGAACUGCUCGCUGGUUGUGGGCCACAAGGAGUUCCUGGGCGGAGUGGGAACCGAGUUCGAUAUUGGCAACACGGAAUUUAAAAGCUGGAAAGUGGCCUUGGGUUGGUCCAACGAAACCGCAACCCUCCAUGGCGAGCUAAAGAACGGAGACACCUGGCUGGCCUCACUCUUUUACAAGGUGAACGAGAAGAUCGAUGCCGGUGUAGAGGUCACCAAAGGCGCCGGUGGCGGUGGUGGAGGAAACGCCGAAAACCCCGAGGGCGCAGAGCAGGACGGAGGCGGAGAUGUGAUCGUCAACCUGGGCAUGAUCUAUCACCUGGAGGAAGAAGCCCUCAUCCGUGCCAAGAUCAACAACGUGGUGGAGCUGGGCCUGGGAUAUGAGCAGAAGCUGCGCGAGGGCAUCACCGCCUCCAUUUCCGCGGUGCUGGAUUGCAACAACUUCAAGGACGGAAACCACAGAUUGGGAGUGGGCGUGGCCCUCCAGUGCUAAUUGAUUUCUGACGGCAGUCACUCAACGAUUUAAAUUUCCAAAUUGGUUUAUCUUUAUUCAAAUGGCAAAUACAUCUCCUUUU